UCCCUCCAUCCCUCGCGAGCCAUGUCCGCCAGCACCCUCGGCGCCGCCUUUGCGCGGCUCAGCGUCGGCUGCAGCCGCAGCGCCGGCGCGCGCCUCGCCGCCUCUGCGCCGCGCGCCGUCAUGGCCCACGCCGGCGCCUCUUCCUCGCGGCAAGCACAGGCGCAGGUGCUGCGGAGGUAUGCCAGCAGCGCAUCGUCCGCCCUCGCCUCGGGGCCCGUGAAGCUCGGCGCACUGAGCCCGGCCAUGCCGACGAAGAAGCGCAAGCGUGUGGGUCGUGGUCCCGGCUCCGGACGUGGCGGCACUGCGACGCGCGGCCAUAAGGGUCAGAAGGCCCGCGCCGGCAACGGCAAGCCCGUGCCCGGCUUUGAGGGCGGACAGACGCCGCUGGCACGCCGCUUCCCCAAGCGCGGCUUCGUGAAUGCACACGCGCGCAAGUAUGUGCCUGUCAACGUGGACCGUCUGCAGCACUGGAUCGACCGCGGCCUGCUCGACCCCUCGCGGCCAAUCACGGCGCGCGAGCUGUACGAGUCCAACUGUGUGCACUCGCUGCGUGACGGCAUCAAGAUCCUCGGCGAGGGCUCGCAGCACCUCACCACGCCCGUGCACCUGGUCGUGUCGCGGGUGUCUGAGAGCGCCGCUGCUGCCAUCGAGUCUGCCGGCGGCAGCGUCGUGGCGCGCUACUACACGGCCACGACGCUGCGGGCGCUCGUGAAGCCGCACACGUUCCUCGACGCCGGCAAGCUGCUGCCGCGGCCCGCCGACCCGUCGGACAAGCGUGACUUGAUCUACUACAGCGACCCGCGCAAGCGCGGCUACCUGGCCAUGCGCCCCGUGCCCGAGCUGCUGCCGCGUGUGCCCUCGGCGGGCGCAGCGACCGAGGGUGCGGCCGUCGAGGCUGCCGCGGCCGCAGCGCAAGCGGCUAGAGCCGCUGCUGUGACGGCAGCCGAGGAGUCCGCUGCUGCUGCUGCUGCUACCGCUGCUGCUGCUCCGGCCGCAUGAUGGUGGCAAUAGAUGCUGUACAAUGCCAA